AUGAAGAGACCUGGGGCCGUAUCUACCGUGCUGUGGGUAGCGUGGUGUUUCGUGACAGUCGCCACACUAGACAGACACGAGGUCUAUGCCAAACAUCGAAACGACUCGUCCGGACGACGUGGGGCGAGGCAGCUCGAGAUGCGGGAAAGCGACCAAGAUCAUCACUGGAGGCCACGGCGAGACGACAUACCAACGAAAACGGGCCUCCCGACUCUCUUGAUCACGCCGUCGCCGAAGACCACUAAACUGAUAAAUCGUCAGCCUGACAACGGCCUAAAGGAUGGUCUAAACGGUCUCAAGGCAAAGUCAAGCAGUAUAUCGAGCAGCGUAUCCACCUCUGUAUCAAUCAGCGUGUCAAGCAUCGCAUCGGCCAGCGCGUCCACGGCCCUUAGCGCCGCUUCUCUAUCAUUCUCAUCGGCUUUUUCGACGGCCGUCCAGUCCGCCAGGGAGACGGGCCUCAGCGACGGAUCGUUCUCAGCAAGUGUGUCCGCCUCGGAGGCAAUAGCCUCCGCAAACGAUAAGGCUGCAGCUGCUUCGUCACAGCUAUCGUCGGCGCUGGCCGGCGUGACAAGCGCCAGUAUCAUCGCGAGCGUACAGGCGAGUGCCAGCAGCGCGGUAGAGGCGGCUCAGAGCAGUGCCAGCAGCAGUGCUCAGAGUGCGAUCGAUGCCGCGAAAGCGAGCGCUUCGGCCGCUGCGGGCAACACUGACACGCCAACCGAAAAUUCGGGGCUCUCCCCAGGAGAAGUCGGCGGCAUCGUGGUAUCAGUGACCAUCGUGUCGUCUCUGCUCUCUGUCUUCCUCACUCUCUUCAUCAUACGCCACCGAAGGCGAAAAGCAGAGGCGGCAGCACAUGAUGACUCCGACUCACGACCCGAGUCGUCGAGACGGCUCGCGCAGCCUCCUUUCAAGGUCCUCCGCGACGGGUUUCGGUCUCCGACGUAUACCGCCACCGUCACGGCGGGCAGCAAGCACCCAGGAACCCAGUUUCCUCCAGACGUCAAGCAGAGGAUCCCACCCCCGGUGGAACACCACCCGGCGAUGGCUUCGUCUGCGCUUCCAGCUAGUACCGCCACCGCUGCGAAUGCAGCUGUCCGCUCGCCAGACGAGCCAGAUUUCCCUGUCUCGCCCCUCACGAGUCUGCGUCCCAACAGCUUCGGGCGAGAAGGCCCGCCCGGCUUUGGGCUAGGCUUCUACCCAGGCGAAGCUCAAGUGCAGACGGGUGUGCCAGACACUGGCGAGCCUUCGCCGAUGAAAUUUUCGUUGGCCCGAACGGAGAGCAUCAGCGGCGGGCAGCGCGUGCAAAUCGUGCGCGUCGGCAGCCAGAAGGACAGUCUGCACCGUGUACUUUUAGAUGAGCAGACACAACGAUUAUCACCGCCCUAUAUCAACCCAGGUCCCGCCCAAGAUGCAGCAGACGCAUACACAGGCGAGUACGCAGAAGCACAAGGCCAACAGAACUUCUACGACCCCACCUCAAACCUCGACCGAACAAUCUCAACCAGAACUGCAAGCUCCGCUGCCCUUCCCACCCCACGCAGGGCGUCGAUGCCCUCAUCCAUCAUCAUGCGCCGCCCGCUGGAGAUGAACCCAGUACAGCUCCAGCCAGGCAGGCACAACGAUAACCGUAGCCCUGUACCAGACCGCGAGACCUCCUUCUCGUCCACGGACGACGACGAGACGCAAAGCCGCUAG